AUGGGCUUUAGAUGGGGGAGUAGCUGGCUGAUUGGCUGCUGUGGUCUUGCGAAGGGAGAUCCCCUGCAGAGCCGGGACAAAGGCAGCUUAUUUACAGACAGGCAGAGGGCGAGCGGCGCUGGCGGAAUCGGAAGGAUCGCCUCAGCAUGCAAAAGCUUGGAGGAGCCUCUGAGCCCCACUCAGCCUGCAGAUGCUGGUAAAGCGGAGGGAAGGGACUCGUGCUGUCUUUGGCGGGGGCUUUCUCGGUGCCUGCGGAGAGCGACGCUCCUCGCUCGGUCCGCCUUAGCGUUGCUUCUUUCGUUCUGGAGCGACAGGGGAGAAGCAGUUGGGGCUUCGCCCUCCGGGAAGGCAGAAGCGGAGAGGGAACCCGAAACGCUGGAAGAGAAAAGUCCAGUGACUUUUCAGGAUGUGGCUGUGUAUUUCACAGAGCGAGAGGGGGCUCUGCUGGAUCCAGGCCAAAGAGCCUUGUACAGGGACGUCAUGGUGGAAAACUACGAGAACGUGGCAUCGCUGGGAUUUCUUGUCCCAAAGCCUGAGCUUGUCACUCAGCUGGAACAAGGAGAAUUGCCGUGGGUUCCUGAUUCUCAAGCCUGGGAAGAAAUGAAGAUCUCUGAUGCCAGCUUAGAAGUAUUUCAUGAUGCGAAACCUGAGCCUAUAGCCCGGCUGGAACAAGACUCACCACCGAGGGCAGCAGAUCUGCAGGAUUCUGAUGAAACACAGUCUGGGGGUGCCAACUCAGGACACAACCAUUUUGCUGUUGGCAUGAAGCAGUUGCCACCAACCAAGAAGGUAUCAUCCAUCAUAUCUUCUUCAUCUGGCCUUGCAACAGCCAGUACGUCUGCUGCUGGUGGGGCACCCACUGCCGGGGUUCACUGGUCAAUUAAGGAGACAAAAGUUUUACUCGAUGCAAUAUCACGCAGCCCAGGGUUGGCUGUCCUCCUCAGUAGCAGCCGCUACAAAAAUAUUGGCCACUUGCACGGUGUGCAGGCAGCUCUAGGCAGCAGUGGCUACACCCGCUCGAUAGAGCAGAUCAGGGCCAAAUGGAAAAGAGUUAAACGUGAUUUUUUCCAAGUUGGCAUGGCGAUCGCCUUGGGCAAAGAGCAACCUCGAAGGCCUCUUCCGCCGUUCUAUCAAGACAUGAAGCAAUUGUGGCUUGCAGCUGGUUGCCCCCAGUUUGGACUUCGGAAAAUACCUGCUGAAGUGAAGGAGGCAGUCCUUAUGGCACAACAGAAGGAGACACUGGAGGAGCAGAACACUUCUGUGGAGGACAGUGCUCUUCCUGCACAGACCGAGGAAUUUAAUAGGACUGAAAACGUUCCACCUGUGCCACGUCGGCAGCAUCAAACACCUCCAGUAGAAACGCACCUGGGCUGCAUUGAUGUUCACGGGGAGGACAUUCCAGCAAGUGAAACCAGACCCAUGACGUCAAACCCUGGUGCAGCAGCAGGGUGCAGCUGUGACAGCUGCCCAUGGUGGGCAGCUGCUGAUGCUGCACAACUAAAUCCCGAGAUGGAUCUCCUUUCUCAACUCAUAACAGAGGUGAAAGCACUGAGGGAAGAAAUCAGGGAAAUUAAAGGGUUUUUGAUACCCCAGACACCAAACCAUCCAGGUCCUCCGGAAAUAUUUAUACAGGAUGAAGAAAACAUGGGAGAAAGCUCACUGGCCACCAUGCAGGAGGAUGACUUGGAGACGUUGCCUAUUGAAGAGCUAUCUUCUUCGUUUUAAGUAUUUCAUCCAAACACAAACUUUUGUUAGGUUUCAUUUUUACAGUUUCGAAAACAACAGUUUUGUUAUUUCUGGUUUAAUUUUUUUACUCUUUUGACCAUGAAAUACUCCAAUUGUUAAAGCACAAAUCACCUCACAGUAUUAGAGUUCUACACAGAGACUCAGCCCCAUUUUUUUGUUUCAGUUCACACGUUUGCAUUAUUUCAAACUAGGAUCUGGCUGAGCCCUGAGCCCUGGUGUCCCUUGGGAAUCGACAGUACAAGGCGGGUUGUGUUGGCCCCUUGUAUAGGACAGAGUGCCUCUCCCUAGAGCUUGAGUUAACAACUUGGAGUUAAUAAAGCAGCAACUAGAGAGAGAUUCACUGUCUGCUGUAAGUCCCACACAUCAUUGGGGGAAGCGGUAGGAGGAGAGGUUGCAAAUGCAGGGAGAAAAUCCAUGAUUCAGAGAAAGGGGGCUUUGGUAUUUAUUUCCCUGACUAACUCAGCGACAGGCUCUCCAUAAGUUCUGUCUGGGCAGAACCCUUUGGAGAGACUAGCUGUCCCUUGCAAUUCCUAUUACCUUUUGUUUAUUUGUGAGCUUUUUAAUAAUUUUAUUAGUUAGCUAGGCAGUGUCAUGUUCUCAUCCCCCCAUUUGGGCGCUUUUUCUCCUAGGGAUUAGUGUGUGUGUGUUAGUGCAGCUUUGGUGACGGUGAGUUUUCCUAAACUUUAAAAAAACCCUCAAAUUAUUUAAAAAUCUCGAAGGAACAGGGAAAACACAAAAGCAUUAGAAUUGGCGUGACUGAGCACUCACAGUCCUUUAAAAAAAAGUGUAAAGCAAUAUUUAAAGGUAGUUAGCCUGAAAACCCCUGGAGCUAACCACCUGAAAUUUGGCAGGGAUAAUCCCCUUUAUAGGGGCUACCAUGUCCCUGUUUGCAUAAAUAUAAUAAUAUCUCUGUGGUGCUGUCUGCCUGUGCCUGCCUGAUGCUGCUUACCCAUGUCUAGUAUCACAGACCUUAUUGUUUUAAGCGCUCAAUUUUUUUCAAAGUCUUCAAGGAACAGGACAAACACAGGUCCAUGGGAAUUACCAUGAUUGAGCACAAAUAAGUUUUUUAACUUAUUUGGAAAAAGUGAAAUUUAAAGGGGGCUAGCAUGAAACCCUCUGGAGUUACUAACCUUAUAUUUGACAGGGUUUCCACAAGGGCUGUCUUGUCCCCAAAUGUCAUGGCCCUAUGUCAUCAAAUAAGAAACUUAUGGCCAUUUUGGUUUUGCAAUGCAAGCGAAGGGGAUUUCCGGAGAUUUGUAAUACCUGGAUUAUGAUUCAGAUCCAGAUUGGGUUGAGUCUCAAUUUACAAAUCAGAGCCACAAAUGGGAUUGGAGAGGGGGUGUCCCUGCACAGCCCUAUUUCAGACACGUAACAGCUGUUAAAUAUAAACUGUAUUUAUUAAGAAUUACAGAGCUUUUAUUUUGCACUUUCAAAUUUAAUAAGGUUUAGUUUGAAUCUCUUGAAUGGGUGUCAGUGACUUGCGGAGUUAAUCCCGUGUGUGUGUGUGUGUGUGUGCGCGCGAGUGUGUGUGUGUGUGUGAAAAAGAAUUACAAGCUACUACUCAAGCGCCAAUGGAACGUAGUGCUGCUGCUGCUGUUGCCACUGAGGUGAGUAGCAUACGGAGAGAUGGCCCAGCACGAUACUAUUCAAAGCAAGGAAUGUAAGGUCUUGAAAACUAUCUGAUAUUUUUAAGUACCAUGGAAUUUGGAAAUGAAGUAGGUGCAUGCAAUUUAAC